CAGGGCUCCUGCUCACUGUGUGUAUAUAUAUAUAUAUAUAUAUAUGUAUCUGCACCCACAGAUGCAUGAAUACGCAUUUAAGCUAAGUGUUCUGGAACCAACCUUGGAGCACAGGCUGGCUGUGAAACAGGUCAAGAAACUAUGUCUGCCAUGAAGAUAACAGGCACUUUUGUGCUCCUCACCCUGGCAGUUAUUUGCUUAGCAAAUGCUGCCAAAGAGGAUGUGGUAGACUGCAGUGAAUACAAGAGGUUAGAGAGAGGAAGACCUAUUUAUUGUGAAAAACUCUACCAACCUUUUUGUGGCUCUGAUGGGAAAACAUAUAACAACAAAUGUUCCUUCUGCAAGGCUGUCCUGAGAAGUAGAGGAGCCUUACAUAUGAAGCAAGAAGGUGCAUGCUGAAUGAAAUCUGUGGGACGGAGAAGAAUGCUGAGAACAGCUUUUCACUGCCUUAUCACAAUCUCUUAAUUUAAUUUCUUUCACCCUGUCUGUCCUAAUGAUGGCAAACAAAGCUCAAAGUAGACUUUUCAGCUGUGCGCUGUCAUUUGUGCUUCCCUCUGAUCCAGAGUGCUGGGAUUGACAGUUCUGUACUCCAGUUCAGGAUUCUCAUGAGCAUUCCUGUUUCUCUAACAAAUUGGUUUCCACAUGAGCACUUCAUUAUAUAUUUGUCUCCAUAGUGAAAGUUAAACCUUCUUACAUUGCCACUUGAUUUUAGUGCAAGUAUUGCCUCUGCUCUCCUCGUUGGUGAAGUGUUUUCUCUCA